GAGGUAAAUUCAUACGUUGUCAUGUCCGCACCGCAUCAACCCGAAAGAUGUACUAGAUUGGCGAUAGUUUGACAGAGGCUCGACCAAAACAAAAAAAAAUCCUGUCAAACUUUUGUUGUGAUUUUGCGAAAAUUUUCGGUGUUCGCUAUUUCACACAAAAAUGGACGCCUUGGAGGUGGAGGACUUCGAUUACGGCGAGUUGAAGAACGACACGGCCUUCAUCAACAAGAACGAAACCCUGUCCCAGUGCAUCGAGCGGAUCCGUCAAAAUCUGGCCAUUGCACGGGAGGAUUACAAGAACUACGAAGGUUUCUCGCUGGAGGAAAAGGUCAAGUAUGAUCUGCACCUGUCGUACAGCAUCAAUUCGCUGUACUGGAUGUACUAUAAAAUCAUCGGAUUAGAUCCGAAUAAGCACGGAAUCAAAGACGAACUGACGCGCAUUAAAGCGGCCAUGAUGCGGGAGAAGGAAAUCUACGACCACCGGUUCAAUCGCCCCACGCUGGACCAGGGAGCCGCCAAGCGGUUCGUCCGGGCUGGAUUGUUCGACCACAAGAACCGGAAUAAACCGCUGGAUAAGGCGGACACUCCGCCGAACAAGAAGAUCCGCUUCGAAGACUAGAGGGACGCACCGUAUAGAAUGUUAAAAACACGCUUCCUGGGGGGUACAAAUAUUCUACUUUUUUUGUAAAUGUAAUUUCCUGUAAUGUCUAUUUAUAAAUAGGCUGUUAGCUGUAAUUUGUCAUGUUUUGCGCCAAAAACGGUAUCCUUUCCGCGUUUUACGCGACAUUUGCUAAGAAUUGACUUAUGAAGAGAUCUUUAUGGUAAAUAUAUAUAAUCUUAAAACAUG